CUCAGCGUCCACCACAACGGUCACACGGUGCAUCUAUUGUUCAACGUUCAACAUUCGGCCUUUACCGAGUGGUCGCAAUAUAUAAUCCCCCGUGCAUCUUGAGCAUCGACACCCAACUCAUACGUUAACCUCAUCUGAUUGAAUCCGAAUCCGAAUUGAAGAUGUCUCAAGACGAUACAGUCAAUCAAGUUUUACCUCUCGUCCCCUCCAAUGCCUUUUCGUCGAUAAUCCUGUCCGGAGUUGCUGAGCAUGCUUCGAAGGCUAUCGAUGUUACAUUGCAACGCGGUACUCCCCGGCCCAACAAGCCUUUUGUGUUGAAAGAACGCGGACGUCCUCCACUGCCUCCUUCGCCACCCCCCUCCCAACUCCCACCCCCGGGCAACUUCACACUUCACCUUGACAUCGGUCCAAAAAUCGGUCGUGGUAGGGUUGGUCGCGUCUACGAAGCCUCCGUUGUCGUUUCCGGCUCAAGUCCUGAGCUCGCGGAAAUGAAGCUUCCAGAUUUGGUCGUGAAAAUAUCGCGUCGACAAGAUAGCAAGAAACUGACGCGUGAAGCCUAUUACUAUCAGGAAAUGGAGUGUCUCCAAGGCGUAGCAGUCGCGCGAUACUAUGGUCUUUACGAGACUAUUGUUCCCGCUGAUCGGGACUUUCUGCCCUGGAGAAGUGAUCCAUUAGAUCCUUCGAAACGUCAGUACACGUACGACAGUGACAUUUCAGAUUCUGAAUGUCAGGAUGAAUGGGAAGACGAUCAAGUAUACACCGAGGAUGAGCUUGACUCUCAGUCUAGUGACGAUGAAGAACGCAAAGUGACAGCAGCAGCAACAGCAACAGACCAAGCCUCCGAUGAGGGUGAAGUGGUGAACUUCGCGAACGAUGAGUAUUCUGAUAGUGACGAGGAGGAGCAACUUCUCCCUGUCGACACGCCGGUUACCAUUAUUAUACUCGAGCGACUAGGUGAACGCGUGCCUCUGGGCUGUUCGCUUCCUAAAGGUUUCAGGAAAGAGAUUUUCGGGCUGUAUCAUGAUAUAGCUGAGCUUGGGAUCGACCAUGUCGACAUAAGAUGGCAAAACAUUCUCAGUGUGGGGAAUUCUCCUUCUGCACUCCCGAGCUUACCGUCGCCCUUCACCGGUCGAACGUUCAAGUGGCGACUGGUAGACUUCGAUAGGUCUUACAAGACUAACCGAACUCCGGCAUUUUCCUAUGGCUACCACAUCGGAAUACUAUCCGCUCUACUGGAUGGCAUCCCGUAUGGAGAUGCAAUGGAGCCAUGGGAGUAACUUCCACCCGAAUCGUCUCUUUGUUGUCACGCAUGCAAUGUAAUCCUGUCUUUCUGAACGCUCUGAAUUCCCGUAUUUUGUACCUUAUAGCUAAUGUAAUUCACAAAUCUAGAAGUUAACGAUGCUCGUUGUUUAGUCACUGCAGAACGAAGGCACGGAAAACCCAGAAAGAUCAGAUAAAAGUAAAGAUUCCGUCCAGAC